AUGGCUUCCAAGCAUAUGCUUGCCGUUGUGGUGACAGCGGCCGUGGUCUUCCUCCCGUUGCUUGCUGCAUCGGCCACCGUCCAUCCCGUGGGGGAUGGCACAGGGUGGACGCUUGGGUUUGACUACACCGCCUGGCAACCUCGAGCUAAUUCAUCCACAUACAUGUUUGCAGUGUUCAAUUACAAAAAGGCCUCCCAUAACGUGGUGGAAGUGAGCGGACCGGACUUCAAGGCAUGUAAGAACAGCAAGGGCACUGGUGCCUGGACCUCCAGCAUCGAUCAGGUCCACCUAGGCAAUGCGGGGAGGAGGUGGUUUAUCCGCACCGUGGGGAACCACUGCAAGAUGGGCAUGAAGCUCAACGUUACCAUCCUCGCGGCGGACGCAUCUUCGCCUGCCCCUGCACCAGCUUCGUGGUCAUCGACUGCUCAUCGUGCGUCCAGGCGGCCAUUCUUUUAA